AAGCAGCAGAAAGCAUGGUGGGGUAGGGCCAGGUCUGUGCCUCGGCCCCAUAGGAGCAGCAAGGGGCCACGUGGGAGCAGCACCCCAGUCACUUUCCGACCUUCUGGAGAUCCUGACAGCCAGCUGUAUGAUAUGGGAUAUACCCCCGAGGAGGAAGCCCCGGCCUGUCCUGAUGAAUUUGAUGACUUCGUCACAUUUGAGGCAAAUGAGGUGACCGACAGUGCGUACAUGGGCUCGGAGAGCACCUACAGCGAGUGUGAAACCUUCACAGAUGAGGACACCAGCACCCUGGUGCACCACGAGAUGCACGACGAGGUGGAGACCGACAGCGCCAUCGACUCCACCGUGCACUCAGAGUUCACAGAUGCCAUCGAGGAGCAGGAGCAGGGGUCAGUGGGGCAGAAUGGGGCAAAGGGGGGCAGGUGAGGAGCAGGGGAGAUG